AUGGAAUACGGGCAAGUACCAACGGAUGCGGGAGCUGGGGCGCGCGAUUGGGCCAUGGCCGUGCUAGCAGAGGAUCCCGAGGAUGCGAUGUUUGGGCAAGAGCUGGUCGCGCAACCCGCGGUUCAGACCUCACGCGUGUGCCGCUGGAAGGUUGCCGGCGUCUCCUUAGCCACCUUCGCCCUUGGUGCCACGAUGCUCUUCGUGGCCGCCCCGUGCCAGAUGCGUUACCUCUUCAAGGCGUCCCCUCUACAGCUGUCUGAAGAGACCCAGAUCGAGUCCGCAGCGAGGACACUCCGUGAUGUGAAAUCGAAGGCUGAGGCGGACAAGAUGGUGGCUCGGGCCUUGGAGGCAGCCAAGGCGGAGAGCAAGCACCACAAGCUGGCACAAUUGCCCCCAGACUUCCGAUCCCUUGCAACACCGAACCCCUACUUCCACUUUCAGAACGCGGAGCUCUACAAAGACGCCAAGGUCUUGGAUGCGCAGGCCAGGGGCAACGCCAACUCCUAUGUCGGCAUCCGAGACCCCGAUCUCAAGCAGCAGCAGAACUUCCGCCAAGCUUUCUGCGUCUUCAACGCGGUGGAGACGAUUGACAGCAUCGGUGGCUCGGCCAUCGAUAUCGAAGCCAUUGUACACACAUGCCCUGAGCCACGCAACGAUGUCGGCGAGUUCUCCUGCGCCGUGAACUCUGAGACCCUGGCCGAAAUGGUGGGAAGUGCCGCAACAUGGCUAUCCAAUGCGGUCUCCUCUUGUGGUGUCCUUCCCAGCGCCAGCGCAGAGUGUGGAGCCGCGGUCAACGGCAUCGUGAGUGCUCUUGGUGAGAUUGCAGCGAGCGCGAGUCUGGCCAUGACAUCUUGCAAGGAGUAUCCCUUGGCAGGAUUUCGGCAGGCUGAAAGGCUCUGCAUCGACGAUGACUGCGUACAGACUCCUGGGACCCGGAUGUCGCUGGCAGGGCGCCAGCCGGGGCGCCGCCUCUUCAUCGGCAGCGGCAUUGGUGGCAUGGGAGUUCAGUGCGCUGUGGAUGUGGGCUUCAUUGUGGACAACAUCUAUGACUCGAUCUUCUUCAUCCAGCAAGCAGCCAACCUCGACUACUGCAGCAAGAACGUCCGCUACGGGCCGUACAACUACCUCACCGGGGUCCCCGAGGCGGCCUGCGCCAUGGACAUUGCGGGUGCCAUCGCCUGGAUCACUCAGAUCGCCACGUUCGUCGAGCAGCUGGUCAGCCACUGCCCCGACUUGCUCAACCUCCCCACUCUCUGCGGCUCCAGUGCCACCGGGAUGUUCUCAGCCGUCAAUCAGAUUGCAUCCUGGGGCUCGGGCAUCGCCGUGUCCUGCGCCAGCGGCGAGAGUAUGACCCGAGUCCCCGCCACCAUCGUGCUGGCCGACUGGGCUGCGAUCAAUGGCCGGGAGGUGGAGUUCGUGAAGCUGUGCUCGGCAGCGCUAGACGGAUUUGGUGUGGAUUGCGAGUUUGUGCAACCGGUGCAGAACGACACGAACGCGGCGAACGUUGAGCUUGACCUGCUCGGCACCCGCGAUGGGCUUUUGCUUGCAGAAGCCCAGAUCCGCAUGUCCGGGUUGCAAGUCCCGGGCUUCCCAACAUUGACUUUCGUGUCCAGGGAGGUCCUGCCCAUCUACAAGAGGCGGCUCGAGGAAGCCAGUGCGGCAGAACGUGAGGAGCACGAGCAGUUGGGGGAGCUGGCCAGGGACCGGAAGAAGAAGUGGGAUCCCGAGAACCACCCGAAGAUGAAGGCUCUGCGCCAGGCCAUGCGGGAGCUGGUGGAAGUUCGGGGGGAGUUCACGAAGUUGGAUGGCGAGCCCAUGCAGAACCUGACGCGCGCGAACCUCCAAGAGAAGCUUCACCUGAUCCAGCCGGCGCUGACGAAGGGAGACCUGGGCCAAGACACCUGCCAGUAA